AUGCCUCAUGGAAGUGAGGAGACUGCAACAGGUGAACCUGUAGAAGACGAUGAUCUGGAGUUGCCGUACUUGUACGAUGGUCCAAGUCACGAGGCACAUGAUUUUACCGAUCUUCUUACGGAUGGAGCGGAGGAAUUAUAUCCAGGCUGCUCGAAAUACUCAAAGUUGUCUUUCCUAGUGAAACUUUAUCAUAUUAAGUAUAUGUGCGGUGUGAGUGAUAAGGCUAUGUCGAUGAUUCUGGACUUAUUGCGGGAUGCAUUUGAGCAAGCCAAACUCCCGUCCACAUUGUAUGAAGCCAAAAAAACUAUCCGAAAGUUAGGGAUUGAAUACAAAAAGAUAGAUGCAUACCCGAAUGAUUGCAUGUUAUAUCGGGGUGAUGAUGGGGAUGCGACCAAAUGCAACAAAACUUCAACUGACAUGUUAUGGCAUAAAGAGGCUGAUAAUAAUGAUGGGUACUUGGGGCAUCCAAGGGACGUUGAAGCAUGGAAAGAAUUUGAUGCAAAGUAUCCAUUUUUUUCUAACGAUCUGCGCAGUGCAUCUUUUAUACUAUCUAUGAUUAUUCCCAGUUUUAAAAUGUUGGGUAAUGGCAUAGAUGUUUAUUUGGAGCCCUUGGUAGAUGAGUUGAAGCAACUCUGGGAUGGCGUUGAAACUUAUGAUGCUAAUAAAAGGACAACUUUCAAGAUGCAUGCGGCGCUAAUGUUGACUAUUAGCGGUUUUCCAGGGUUGAAAAAUUUAUCUGGCUGGAACACGUACAGUGGGUUAGCAUGUCCCACGUGUAAUGUGGAUGCUAAGGCUCAGCGACUAACAUUCAGUCAAAAACGGUAUUACAUGGGCCAUCGUUACUUCUUGAAUCAGGGCCAUAAAUAUAGACUAGACCGGAAUAGAUUUGACGGACAAGCUGAAAGCAGAGAUCCACCAAAGAAGUAUUAUGGAAUAGAUGUCUUAAGGAGUGUGUUCUUUGAACUCCCAUACUGGAAGGAUCACAUGUUACGUCAUAACCUUGACGUGAUGCAUAUAGAGAAAAAUAUUUGUGACAAUGUGGUCUUCACUAUCUUAAACGAUAGCGUCAAAUCAAAAGACAAUCUUAAAGCUCACAAAGAUUUACAAACCAUGGGCAUAAGACCUGAAUUGUGGCCGGACGAAGAUGCGCAAGUUGUAUGGGUUGAAAAGUCACGACAGCCACAUUCUAAUGGAACAAUUACUUCCGAUUUUGGUGAAGAAUGCAUUGCCGAGUCCGGUGUCGACUGUGAUUGCAAAUUUAUGAAAAUGAUCUUUCUUCCAUCAUUCUUCACUGUCAUGGUUCACCUUACGGUGCAUCUCGUUGAUGAACUAAAACUUGGUGGCCCGGUACAUUAUCGGUGGAUGUAUCCAAUAGAAAGGUAUCUAGGACGAUUGAAGCAACAUGUGCGUAAUAAGGCACAAGCAGAAGGCUCAAUUGCGGAGAGCUAUUUAUCUGAGAAGAUUUUGAUAUUCUGUUCCAGAUAUUUGGAUAAUAUUGAAACUAGAAUCAACCGACCAGCGUGA